AUGUCCGCAAUCGGGAUGAUAAAAAGUUGCACUAACCAACUAAAAUCUAUCGGUGAGAAUAAUAAUCCACAAAACCAUAUAAGUGAAACUAAAGAUGCCGUUAUCAUGGGUAAAGUACCAGUACCUGCCCAGUUAACAACAAGUCCUAAUUAUAUGCACAAUCCCGUAGAUUUUUCCAUAUUCAAAAACAAAACCAUUUCAACUACAAAAAAUAGAAAUCAACCACUCCCUUCGGAGAUAAUCAACGAAAUUAUUCAAAACUUGAUUGAAAAUAAUACAGACCUGUGUAAUAUUUAUAGAAUUAAAGAAUGUGUCGGUAAAGGUAAUUUUGGUGAUGUUUAUAGAGCUUCUUUAAGAACAGAAAAUUGUACCGCAACUCUUAACUUUAAUAAUGGAAAAACUUUUAAUAAGGCAGCUUUAACAGCAAAAACUCACAAUUAUGAACCUGAAAGUUAUGCGACACAAAAUAGUUUAAACAAUACUAAGGAGUACACUUUUGAAUCAGUAAACGAGACGGCACAGAAAAACAUAACUGUUAUUCCAAAAAAUGUUGAUGUUGCAAUUAAAAUAGUUGAUUUGGAAGAAAGCGAAGAUGAAAUCGAACUAUUAGCUCAGGAGAUUUAUUUUCUAGGUAGCUUAAAAAAUAAGCAUAUUGUGUCAUAUUUUCAAACUUUAUUAAAUGAUGUCAAAAUGUGGAUAGUAAUGGAAUAUUGCGGGGGUGGUUCCUGUGCAGAUUUGCUAAAAUAUCUACCUUCAAACUUAACAGAGGAAAAAGUUUCCUGUAUUAUUAAACAGACCCUAUUAGGGUUGGAAUAUCUACAUGCACAGAAAAAAAUACACAGAGACAUUAAAGCUGCCAAUAUUUUAUUGGCUGAAGACGGAACAGUCAAAUUAGGGGAUUUCGGUGUAAGUGGUGAACUAAUGAAUACCAUUAAAAGGAGAACUUUUGUUGGCACCCCUUUUUGGAUGGCUCCAGAGAUAAUUACAUGUAAUAAUAGAUUUAUAGAUCAAUUGGAGGAAAAUGGUAAUGGUGAAAGUGGUAAAGACAGUACCACUGAUGCUGAUGAUAAAAAUAAUCUUGGUUACAAUGAGAAAGCUGAUAUAUGGUCAUUGGGUAUAACGGUAAUUGAAUUAUUAAGCAAACACCCUCCAUUUUCAGAGGAAGAUCCAUUAAAAAUAUUAACUUUAAUUCCAGACCGCGAACCACCUGUCCUACAGGACUCUGCUAGCAUGAAAUUUUCUCUGUAUGCCAAGGAAUUUGUUUCAUUAUGUUUACGGAAAGAUCCAAGAAAAAGACCCUCUGCUUCUCAAUUAUUAAAACAUAAGUUUAUCACAAAAUUAAAUAAAAAAAAUAAUGUCAGUCUAGUAGAAGAAAUUGAAUACGUUAAAAAAAUCAAACAAAACCAGGCCCACAGAAAAGAGCCCAAAUUUAAUUUAAACGAUAAAGUUUACAAAACAGGUAAAAAAAAGGGACUCGUUACUUGGAAGUUUGACGUUGAUUCAUUGAAAAGAGAUCGUGUUUUUGCUGGUGUUAGUAACAUCAAUAGUCCCAAUGAUAAAAAUAAUGACACUGCAAAAAUGCGCAGUGAUUCCAUAUCACCAUAUCGUGGUGAAGAAGAAAAUAAAACUCCUCGAACACAUGAAGAAUCACCAGCAAGCUUUAACGCUAAAAAGUAUAAUUUACAAAAAAAGGGUGUUUCUUCAACGAUUCCAGUUCAAAUGGAUCAAGAACAGCAACCACAAAAGAAAAAACAAGAAGUAAAUUAUUAUAAGGAUAUUAUCGAAUGCAGCUUCAAAAGAUUAAAUGAAAGAGCACGUUACCAACAAACAAAGAAAGUCGUUGAAAAUUUAAAUUCUUGUUUCAAGUCUGCGGAACAUGAACAACCUGGGCUAAGUGAAGCUUUGAUUGAAGAAAUUAUGUUAUGUAUGGAAAAUAUAUAA